AUAUCAUGAAUUUUCUUCUUCAAUUAUUUAUAAAAAACAUACUUUUAAUAAAAUUGAUAAUGAUCCACAUCUAAUCAAUAAUAGUAAAGAUUACAAUGAUAGUAAUAAUGAAAUAACUGAUGAUAAUGAAUCUAAUGAAAGUAAUAAUAACUUAGAUGAAUAUAGCGAUGAUGAAUAUAAUGAAUUUUCUCUUAAUAUGUAA